AUGUUUCAACUAAGAAAUAAGGUCGUUCAGUCAUCAAAGUCACUCCUUAAAGAUACACCAAGAAAAAUGUUCAGUUCAAGUGUGGGUGGUGGUCCAGGCUUUGGAUCUAUGGCACUUCUUGGAGCUGGUACUGCUGGACUCGCUUACCUCAUGUACCAAGGACAUUCAUUGAGAAGAACUCAAGUAUCAUAUGGAAAUCAGCAAAUGAAUUUCUUCAACCCAGUUGUCCAAGAUAGAAUCAGAAAAACUCUUAUGUAUUUUGGUGGUGGACUUGCUCUCACUGGAGGGUUAGUAGGCGCCUUCAGAAACUCAAUGUUCGCUCUAAACCAUCCAUGGAUGCUUCUUUUCGGUUCUUUAGGUCUUUUGAUUGCAACUCAAAUGACUGACUAUCACACAAAUCCAGUCCUUAAGCACUUGUUCUGGGGAGGAUUUAUGGCCUCAAUGGGUCUCUCAAUGGUCCCACUUAUCAGUAUGGCUGGACUUCCAAUCGUCUACGAUGCUAUGUUCGCAACUGGUUUGACAGUUGGAGGACUUGGUUUAGUUGCCUAUAAUGCCCCAAGUGAGUAAUUCCUUAAAUGGGGUGGAGCUCUCGGGAUGGGAUGUGCUGGUAUGAUUGGUAUCAGCCUUGCAAGUAUGUUCUGGCCAAGCCCAGCUUUGUACAAUAUUUGGUUGUAUGGAGGUCUAGUUCUUUUCAGUGCUUUUGUCCUCUAUGACACUCAAAAGAUUAUCCACAAUGCAAAGUCAAAGGCCAGAUAUGAUCCAAUUUCAUAAAGUAUUGGAAUCUAUUUGGAUACAAUUAUCCUCUUUGAGAGAUUCCUCAUUAUCUUUAUGAACAACAAGAAGAAGUGA